CUGUCCUGUAUUCCUCAGAAAAUGUCACCUCCUCUUCUCUUCAAUCGAGGAACACUUAUUGAUCUUUCAUGGAGGUUGUGCACCUUCAAAUCUACGCGGAGGAACCUAAUCUCAGCUGUUCCAAUCUCACGAUUCCCUCUUCUUCUUCCUUCUCGGUCGUUGCAUUACUCUUGAUUCCUUAAAACUUGAUCUUCCGAGGGACGAACAGCACUGCUGGAUUCAUACCUGAGAUCGAAUGUGUAGGGUUUUUACUAAAUGCCCUUUCGUAACUUGAGAUCUGCUUUACUUCCCAAACCAUCUCGUCUCGAGGAUCGAAAUCCAGGGCUUCUUCUAAUUUGUAAGCAGGGGUUUAUGUUUCUUCUUCAUGCUGUGAGAUUUUUCUCUAAGAAAUUGAUCGACAUGAGGUUGAUCUAGCUUGUUUUGUGACCAAGUUGCCACCAUGCUUAAGCAAUUCCUCAGCAAAUUUCCUCGGAAGUCUUCGAAAUUUGAUGCUGUUGAUUCUGCCGGUUGCGAUUCCGGCAAUAAUGUGAUCGCCUCCGGCAAUGGGAUUCAAAGAACAAGCAGCGGAACAACUAUUUCUAGCCGAUCAAAUUCCAUAAAGCGGAUGUCGUCGGCUGUUUUCCCUUCAAGCGUGGUGGCUGGAAUUGAACCUCUUCUAUCUUUCAAAGAUGUUCCGAAUUCGGAAAAGCAGAAUCUGUUCAUUAGUAAGUUAAACCUUUGUUGCGUGGUUUUCGACUUCAACGAUCCAAAUAAGGACAAUGUAGAGAAAGAUCUGAAACGUGAGGCUUUGAUAGAGCUUGUUGAGUUUGUUGCUUCUGGAUCAGCUAAGUUUACAGAGCAUGCAAUUGCUGCAAUAUGUAAAAUGUGCGCAGUUAAUCUCUUUAGGGUAUCUCCUCCUAACUGCCGGUCUAAUUCCUCUGGUGGUGAGACUGAUGAUGAUGAACCAAUGUUUGAUCCUGCGUGGUCACAUUUACAAAUCGUGUAUGACUUACUGCUUAGAUUUGUCACAUCUACUUCUCUUGAUUCAAAGAUAGCAAAGAAGUACGUAGAUCAUUCAUUCAUUCUGAGAUUGCUUGAACUCUUUGAUUCAGAGGAUCCAAGAGAACGAGAUUGCUUGAAAACAAUUCUGCAUAGGAUUUAUGGGAAGUUUAUGGUUCAUAGGCCUUUCAUUCGCAAGGCUGUAAGCAAUAUCUUUUAUCGUUUUGUCUUUGAAACGGAACGGCAUAAUGGAAUUGCUGAGUUAUUGGAGAUUUUUGGCAGUGUAAUUUGUGGGUUUGCCUUACCACUGAAAGAGGAACACAAGAUGUUUUUGUGGAGGGCUUUGAUUCCUCUGCAUAAGCCCAAAUCUAUGGGUGUUUAUCUUCAGCAGUUGUCAUACUGUGUGACACAGUUUUUAGAGAAAGAACCAAAGCUGGCGAGUACUGUGAUCAAGGGGUUGUUAAAGUACUGGCCUGUAACAAAUAGCCAGAAGGAAGUCAUGUUCUUGAGUGAGUUGGAAGAGGUUUUGGAAGCCACUAACAUGGUGGAAUUCCAAAAGAUCAUGAUUCCUUUGUUCCGCCGGAUUAGGUCUUGUCUCAACAGCUCCCACUUCCAGGUAGCAGAACGGGCCCUCUUUCUAUGGAACAAUGAUCACGUUGUUGGCUUGAUUGCGCACAAUCGGCAUGUGAUCCUGCCUCUUAUCUACCCAGCCCUAGAGAAGAAUAUCCAGAACCACUGGAACCAAGCAGUUCUCAAUCUAACUGUCAAUGUGAAGAAAAUGUUCUCAGAGAUGGAUGAAGAUCUGGUCCUGGUUUGCCAAGGCAAGUAUGAGGAAGAAGAAGUGAAACAAAUGGAAGCAGCAGAGAAGAGGAGAGUGACUUGGGCACAUCUAGAGACAGUUGCCAGUGUGCAACCUGUGGCUGGAAAUACAGCAGUGCUCAUUACACCUACAGCAACAGCUAUUCCUUGUUAAAUUUAAUUAAGCAGGUUUUCUUUCACGUUUGCCCCUUGUGUUUUGUAAUUUCUGGGCAAAAGAAAAUGAUGAAAUGUAGUAAAACGUGUUGACAGGGUAGGCUUUGGUGAGGUUGAGUGGAUUUAGGGAGGGUUGUUCCUUGAAUGGAUGGUGGUGGUGGUGGUGGUUGAGUGCCAGCCAGGAUUCCAAAACCAGCAGUGAAAAAGAGCUGGCUGCGCUGGAUGGAUAGACACUAAAAAAAACUACUUGUACUAACAACCACUUUCCUGAUCCAAGGUUUGCACUCAACUCUGCAUUGGCAUUGUAUACUUUUGUGCCGUUGUUGACCUGCUUUUUGACCGUUUGGUCACCAUCCUGCUCUCAUUCCGCUGAUUUCAAUUGGAGUUGCCCUUGUGUUUUUCCUGAUUUCCUGAUGUUUGAGACUAGGAUUGAUGUUUGGUAACAAUGUUACUAUUUCAGGUGCUA